UUUCUCGGUGCGACUUCUCCCGAAUCGACGCCAGGACAUGGCUCGCAGGUUUGUGAAAUCAUAUAUCUGCAGCUGAUCUCUGUCAUAUGUGAUAGAUCUGUAGAAGCAUCGGGGACCGACGCCACAUCCAGACUAGCGGGUUGGAAACUUCCGAGACUCUGUCGUCCCACCAUCAGCUCGUCUUGUCAUUCGUCUGCCCACCACGAUCCCUAUGUUCUCCGCAGCGUCUUCCCACACGAAGGGUCACAAACAGAGUUCCGGCCAUGGAAAGCGCCAAAGCACCAGCAAGCCCUCCAAGCCCUCCAAGACCAAAGAUACAGCUAGACCAGUGGACCAUGGGACGAUUCCGUACUCGUUUCUGUUUGUUGUCAAUGAGUUUCAAGUCGACUAUGAACCUAUUCAUCCGAGGGACCGGCCCCUGACGGAUCCGUGGCUCAAUAUUAUGCCCCCAGAGGAGGCCGCUGCCUACAGAGACGAGGCGAUAGGGACCGUGUUCCGUUACCUAGACGGCGUCGUCUCACCUGCUCCUGGUUACGUGUGGUACCGGCCCCAAAUGGGCGCCAAAGGCUGUAUUGUCCGAAUCAACCAGGCGAGUGCCAUCACUGGAUACCCGGCUAUCUACAGUGAGACAACUGUGUUUUCCUGCUCGCCUCUUCUACCCAUGAUCGUCACCCAUGACGAUGCGUCAGUAGGGCGCACGUUCAUGCGCCGCGGCUGCGAAUGCGACAGAAGAUGCGAUGGCUACGCGGCCUGGUCCCUGUUGCACUUCACAGGCGGGGAUUCUCAAGAAGGAAUUUCAUCAGUCAACUCGUAUGCGUCAGGAGCCCCAUGCGUAACGGGAAGAGACCCAUCGUGGAUCCCGUCACUCGUGCCCAGUAUUUACCGGAACACCAAAUCAUCGGCCCCACCCUCAAGAGGUUUAGCGGGCGAGCUGGGGAUCAUCCUCGCCUUGAUGGGCUUUCACGGGAAGAAGACCCAGGCCAGUGAUGUCUUUGUGAAUCAAACUUGGCAUCGGAACAGAUGGAACGGGCCUAGUCGGGCCUCGAACUACCUCCCGAAAGAAGGCGACAGCCCUCGCGGCCUCUUCGUUCAGGUCUGCCAUGACAACUUGGUGGAUGGCCAGCCGGACGAUGAAGAACACAAUCUCCCUCAGGAGCUAUGCGAGCAGGUGUUAUCAUACCUCGAGUAUGGGUAUGGAUCGAUCCUUGUGCAGGGCUGAUUACUGAAGGCCAAUCUCGAUCACAUCCUGCGCUCUUCCUUCAUAUCUGCCAUUUCAUCCUCGUCCCCGAACUCUAUCCCCUUCCUGUCUCGCUCCCCAGUUCCACAAACUUUAGCCCGAUUCUCCUUCACUUUGUGAUAUCCUCGUUGGACGCAUCAGACGAUCAUCUCCUACACAUCGU